AAUAGAGACGCGCGGGGCGGGCAGCGGAGGCAGUGGGUGGGUUGAGGCGCGGCGAGCGGCGGGGGAGGGGCGGCUCCUCACGACUGGCGGCGGCGAAGAUGGCAGAUUUUUUGAAAGGAUUACCGGUCUAUAACAAAAGCAACUUCAGCAGAUUCCAUGCGGAUUCUGUAUGUAAAGCAUCAAAUAGAAGACCAUCGGUAUAUCUUCCCACGAGAGAAUAUCCAUCUGAACAAAUCAUAGUAACAGAAAAGACAAAUAUACUUUUGCGUUAUUUACAUCAGCAGUGGGACAAAAAGAAUGCAGCAAAGAAGAGAGAUCAAGAGCAAGUGGAAAUAGAAGGUGAGAAUUCGGCGCCGCCACGGAAAAUCGCUCGGACAGACAGCCAGGAUAUGAAUGAGGACACUUAAACUCUUGGCUUUCUCCUCUACUACUUUGCAGGCGCUUCCUGUUUUGUCUCAAAGUGUGUAAAGUUUGCCCCUUGCCCCCAUCUCUCACCCCUCCACUACGCAGCCCAAACCACUUCUGACUUUAUAGGAGCCAACAUAUUUAUUUCUUUUUUUCUCUCCAUUUUUUAUUUAUGCCGUAAAACUUACGGAGCAGUGGUGGAACAAUUCAGUAAAUGGUGUAGUAUAACCUUAGUUCCUCCUUUCUAAAAAUAUACACUGUCACUUUCACAGGUUUUGUUGAAUCUGUUACCUAAUCAACCAGGUCUAGCUAUUGGAGCCUGGGUAGGAGAUGUGGGUUAUUACAGAACCCGUCAGUGAUAUAGGCUCUCCGAUUCAUGUACCUGUUGACAUAUUACAAGUCGUUAACUCUUCUUUGGAUGUGCCCAGUCCAGCCAUAAGUGUGGGGCCUCACUAUUUUUCUCAAAUACCUUGAAACUGGCACUGCACUAAAAAAAUCAUGGGUGUCAUUUAGGGUUAUGUUGAUCUUAGCAAACGUGUUGUCAACUUGAUAUAUCAGUUGUAUUCUUUUGGUCUGUUCUGUAAGGGCCACGGUCAUUUGGCAGCGUACAUUAUCUCAUGCACCAGUGGUCAUGGAGAAUUCAAGUGAAAGGUGUGUUGCUUUUGUUGCUCUUAAAUUCUAACCGUCUCUUGGUCUUGAACGGACUGAUAUGUGCAACUUCUCCGUUGGAAUAAAAGGAUACUCUUAUCCUAUUCUGAGUAUUUGAUCAACAGUGUAUUUAAGCAGCAGCUGAUGGAAUGGAGUCGGGUAGGCAUCCUGCAGGCAGCGCGUGGCUGGAUUAAGUCUGGGAGCACCUCGGCAACUAGAUCUAGUUCUCUGUCUCAAUUGCCAGCUCUGAAUAAUGGUACGUUGUAUUUUCCUGCGAUAUCGGCAUGUCUGGAAUGGAGUUCAGGACUUGGAGUUGAUCAAAAUGUGAGCUUCCAUGGUCUCUGAUGAAGACCAAUCUCUUUUGGACUGUGACAGUUCAGUGCCUGUUGCCUGUUACCCUUCGCUGACUUCAAUAAGAGCCAAAAUGGAGACCUGUAAGUCGUCUAGGUGGAUUCAGAGGUUCAGAGACUAAAAGGAAAUGAGCAUCGUCACCUGAAGGGGACAGGAAAGGUGUAGCUUAGUAACGAUGUCUUGUCUGCUUUAACGUAAGAAGCUGACUUCACACUGUGUUAGUUUAAAUUGUUGCAUUUAUAGCUGUGUUUUUUCCUCGUUGACAAAUCCUAAACACCAAUUCAAGAAAUCGCACGAACGUUUUUCUAGAGAUCCUGGAUAAGGCUUGUUCUGAGUGGCCGCAGUGGCAGCGAGCUUUGAGGGUUUCUGCUGUCCCCUUCUCCACAGCAUCCCCGUCCAACCAGGGGAUGCCACGUGUGCAGGUUUGGGGGCAAAGGGAACGCGAAGGGUGAUAAACUGAUGCUGAGGACAGCAUGUUGCAAGGCAGAACCUUAGGAAGAGCAGGGCACAGCUAACGUUGCAAUUUUAAAUGUACAUUAGGCACCAAGUUUCUGAUGCAGUGAGUGAAUUUAACACUGAGUAGUUUAGAACUUUGUAUCUGCCUCAAAAAACGUUACCUUUUGCUAUGGCAGUAACCUCCAAAUUACUGGAAUGUCUUUGAAAAUGCCAACUGUGUUGGUGAAGAUAAAAUAUACUCGGGUUUCUGUGUGAUUUACUGGCGAUUGCAAGAGGACUCCUCACCGAGUUACGCUGUCAAAAAGUGCUUUUGUGCAAAGUGCAAGACAUUGACUGAAGAUGCGGUGUUAGCAUCCAGCUUCGCAGGGAUUAUCUGAAGCUGAAACUGAAGAAUCCUUUGAAGAGCUGUGAGAUACCAAAAGAGGAAACGGACGUGCAGCUGGUGGUAAAGUGUGACCAAUUUGUGUGUUUAGCAAAGCUUGAGAGCUGCAGCCUUGCAGUAAUGUUUGUACAGUGCUUUAAAGUUGUAAAAUGCUGUAUAAUUCUUGAGUGAUAUGGCAAGGUUUGAGCUUUGCUGACUUCUCUGCUAGACAGAGUGAUGUACUAUUAAAGAGAGUUGGCAGUUCCUUCCUGUUGUAAACCCCCGUCUUUGUUCCCUCUGUGUCUUUUAAAAAUGAUCUUGUUGGUUAUGGGAGCCUUUGAAAUAUUUCAGAUAUUUUUAGGAGGUAAAAGACAGUUGCCUUUUAAAGUAGUUCUGAAGUGAUGGAGAAACAAGUCUUCAAAGCGAUGUAACUUCUAAGUGUCAAACUGGUUGGGUUUUGUUUUUUUUUUUGCAUUGGUGGCUGUGUACAAGCAGUAUGGAUUUCUGAUACCCACAGUGAGUCUUUUCUACACCCCAUCCAAUCUGAAGCGAGAGCUCCCUUUCUUCUUCCUUCUCCAACUCACUUUCCAUGCUGCUACUGCCUCAAGAGUGCUGUCCUCGAGCUGUUGCACUUUGAUCCUGUAUUCACGUCUCUUUAAUACAUGGUAAGUGUAUUGGGUUUGAAUGUUGCAUGGAAGAUCUUACUUGCCUAACUGUGACUUCCUGGUGCCUUAGUGCAUUGAAAACAACAAAAAAUGUUUAAAAAAACAAACCCUGGGUUUUUGCUGACUGCACUGUUUGUAUAAUACCUAGCUCCUCUGACUUCCUUCCAACUCUCUUGUUACAAAGUGACUGAGAUUUAGUGGCCCUCAGGGGGUUUUUCUAUAUGUCUGCAUAGCGGUAUUUUUAUUGUUUCUGUUACCAGUGUAUACUAAAGGUUUGGGUUUUUUAAUGAAAACUUAAGAUACUUGUCAGAGAUCAGAAUUUUGGUUUUUUAGUUGAAUAGCGCAUCUUUUCUCAAAAUUCGAAGCAGCAGAAACAUGUUUCUUGAUAUCAAGGGACGAUGAGUCCGUCUAGGAGCAGCCCCUUCCAGCAGACUGUCCUGUUCUCAGGCGUCUGUCCUGUAUUAAACAGCGCUGGAGCUUGUGCCCAAUGUGAGCAAUUAGAUGUGUGCUGGGUACGUUUAGAAUAUUAAAAAGUUGGGCACUGCCUUUUUCUAACAUAAAAAUACACUAGUGACUGAUGUGCAGGGAAACUAAAGUUUGGGUUAGGUUAAUUCUUGAUAUUGUAUGAUCACUUUUUAGGGGAGAAAUAGUUUAAAAAAACUCCUCACAUUAAGAGUUAAGAGGUGGAAAAAUGUUGAGAGAAAGAAUGGACUUUAACAUGUUCUAUGAAUUCACAGCUGAGGGGCCAGGUAACUGUGUCUGAGCAGCAAAGUCUGUGUUUGUUUGCAUUGAUGGUUGACUCCUGGAGUGUGCUGGGUCAGUUUAUUAUGUCAGAGUAUGUUCAGUCAGGUAACGUUGGCAUGUUCAGCUUUCAAGGUGUUUCCUGUUUCCGUCUGUGGAAGUUUUUCGAGACCCUGACGAACGAUGCCCUGAGCAACCUGCUCUGCGUUUGGUGUCGCCCGUGCUUUGAGCAGGAGGCUGGAAGCAACCUCCUGGGGUUCUUUCCAACUGAUAAACACUGGCAAGUGCAAAAUGCAGCAGAACCUGUGGCUAGAAGGUUUGUUUUUGUAUGAAGCUGGCAAGCUGUGGAAGACUGUUAGCAAGGCUUAUGGAGUCUGCAAGCAUGUGCAAAAGUUUUUGACAAGCCCUGAAACCACAUUGUGCUAUCAAGAACAGCGAGUGGCAGGAUGGGGAUUGAGACCGGGAGGGGAGGAAGGGAGCCGGGAGGAAGGGAGCCGUUCAGCUCCCCAUCUGCCUGACGCUGCAGCUCAGCCUGGACCGAGGCUGUCGUGGGUCUAAACUCUACCACAGGAGUAUUGAAGGUGGGCAGAAGUUUUUAGAUGUAUUUCACUAACAAGAUGCAUUUAGAUGCAUUUCACUGUAAGAGGACAGGCUUUUAGAGUAAUUUAGAUGUGUUAGAUCUGAUUUAAAAAAAAAAAAAAAACAAAACACUUGUUUUCUUAGCCUUGGCAAGACAUGAAGCACCAGCAGCGAUCUGGUUUGAGUGUCUGGGAUGCAUGUCCCAGUGACUGUUGGGAGCUGGUUGCCAGGUCGGGUUGUGAUGAAUUCAAAGGACAUGCUCAACCCGACUGCUGUUUUCUGUCAUCCUGGUAAAUGUGCCAAGCUGUUAGUGAACUCCACAUGCGUGCAGUUGUUUGGGGUUUUACCGACAUCUCUGUGUGGGGAAGGCUGUGAAGUUGGCUUUGGAGUAGGAUCGGCUGGAAAAUGGGUUUCCCUCCCUCUCCAGUGCGUGCCUUAUGCAGCAAUUCAGUUGUCAGUGUUUGGACUGUUUCCUAUGAGGCAAAUUUUGAACAUGCUGGACAUUAAUCUUAAAAUUUUCACUCUGUACUAGGUAGUUAUAACAGGUAUAACUUCAAAACUUAUUUUUUGGUGAGCUCCUUGUCACUGGUCUUAAGGGCAAAGACUAAGCAGGAGUCUUUUCUAACACUGCAGCUAUCAGCUAUGUUACCACUUAAUGUUUUCUGGCUUGUUUGUAAACCACUAGCUUAAUUUUUUGUUUUUAAGAAUUUUUAAAAAGACCUGCAUAUCUAUAAUAGGAAAACUAAUUUGUUUUCCUCGAUUAAUGACGUCAGCCUGGCAGCAGGGGAAUUGUGCGACACACUGACCGUGACCAGAGGGUUUCCAGCUGAUCUCUGUGUCAUGUUUUAUCUUAUAUUUUUUUGAUGUGUAACAGAGAGUGGGAAAUCCUUCUCUUUAAAGAAGAGAGGGUUGCAUUUACCUGGGAGCAGCAAAGGGUAUUUUUGGGAGCAGUGCAGAGGAUGUGCUGGCUGCUGUGCCCAGAAGGGGGUAUUGCAUCAUGGCUUUGGUUAAGCACAGAGUGACCUUCAUGCCGUGCUGACUGCGCUUUUGGGUUUCUCUGCUGCUGGUUCACAAUGUCUGUGCCCUGACAGCGGAGAGUGCAGCCCCAGGAUCUCAUCUAACAGCUGAUCUGGGAUGUUUGCUGCUAGUAAUCACCUAAAAAUGCUGAGUCAGCAGGCUAUCCAGGUGGACUGGCUAUGCCAGCUGACAGCUUACUUAUGGGUCUGAUGGCUGCAUCCAGCCUGCACUAAAUGACUUACUGUCACAGCAUUGGCUUGCAGAGCUCGUCCUGAAAUGCGUGCGCUGGCAGCUGAGUUAUGUUUUAUAUAAAAGAUGUGUGUCAUCUUGAGAGUUUAAUGUCAGGGAGGAGGCAGGACUUCUAGAACCUCAUCUUUUUUUAACUACUGGGAAAAAAACAUCUUUUAGGUGUUGAAAAGGCUGAACCUGGCCUGCAGGGAAGAUACAUCUUUGUAACUGAAACAAGGGAGUGAAAUACCAGCUUUCAAAUUCUCUUUAACACUGAGAGUCUGUUUUUAAAGGCAAAAAUUCCCUAGCGUGUCCCCAAAUAUGAAGAACUAAGGCUCCCUACGUGUGUGAUUUUAGAAUUGGGUUGUUCUAGGAAUUUAAAAAAAAACCAUCUUAUUGGUGGUCUUAAUGUUUUUUGAGGAGUCUGGGUGGCUUUAACCUUUGUGGUAGAGUUCCAAGUUUUGCUGAUGUAAACCCGAAAGUAAGUAUUCAGUUGGUGAGGUCGAAGGGCAGCACUGUUAAAACUUAACCCUCUUUCAGAUCAGGAUUUUUUUCAUAUUGGAGGUGGCUGGCUGAAUCGGUUGGGUGGCAUAGGGUGAGUGGGCACACCUGGGGGCCAGCGUUUGCUGCUGCACACACUGCAGUUGCAGACGAGGGUUUCCACAGGUCUUCACCUGCUCUGGUGCUCCUUCCCCAACCAACUACUCGGCAGCAUUCGGAGGCGAGAGACGGCCCCACUCCUUGGCUCACCAGCCCUGUAGGAAAGUGAUGCUGCCUUACAGCUGCCUUGUGCACAACGAGGACGGUAAUUUGUGCUCUUUGUGCUAUAACUCUGUUUUUAAUUUCCUUGCCUUUGUGACUGAAGCAAACUUUAUUUGGCUAGCAACUAGCAGUAGUGUUUCACUUUGCCUCAUUGCUACCAGCUCCAUCCAUAAACAUCCCCAGGACGACUUGUCCCUGUUCGCUCUUCAGUGAAUCACAGUGCUGCAGUCCCUGGGAUGUUGGUGUUAAAAACACACAGUGCUUUCAUUUUUUUUGAGAGACACGAUAUUGGACAGUCUUAACAGGUCAAAUCCUCUCCCCUGCUUUGAUAGAAGCAGCAUGUGUGUGAGCGUGAAAAGGGGUGAGGGGCUGGGAAGCAUCGAGGCAGUGGAGUAAGCUGGUGGAGAGCAGGACUAGCUGUCUGGUUUGUUCCUUAACGAUGGCUCUCGGGGAUGCAGGGACAUGGGAUGACUAAUCACUUACUGUAAGAAAUAGCACGAAAUCUGAAUGGAUGGUCAGACCUGAGUCACUGCGUUGUCUGUGCUACAGUUGUGCUGAUUUCCAAAUGCAUUCAUUUCUUAUUAAUCAGCGCACAGUGUGCCAUUAACAAGCUUUAUUGGGUAUUUUUAGUUAAACCACCCCGUCCUUGGCCAGUUGCACAUCACAGCUGGGUGUCUGAGAGCAGCUCAGAGCUUUCUGUCGUUCACAACUGCUUUUAACUCUUCUGGUUCAUUCAGCACAUGCAGUACCAGGCUGGUUUUUGCAAUGCAACGUCCAGCUUUUGAGUCUGUGUUACUUCCAACCUGUCUUUGCAACUUGAAUUUUCCUCUUUUGCAAAAAUAUUGUCUUGUGGGGCUGGGAGAAAGUGGUUUUUCCUGAAAGCUGCAUGUUGGCAGAAGGGCUGCCCUCGUGGAGUGACUGUAAAUACACUGUUAGUCGAAUGUCAUGGCCAUUGGAUUUUUUUUGCAUUUAUUUUUAAACUAUUCCAUGUUUGAUACUGUGUAUAAUAAAUUUGCAGAAUUUA